AUGAUGCUAAGAUCAAAUGGCAAACCCCCACUUGCCAGAUCUCCCAUUAGGCUUCGUCCUCGCAACGCUCUUCAGCCCACUGCAAGCAACACUGCGCAGAUCCCACCAGGUUCUUUGACGAAAUCCCAGUUGCCUAAAUGCUCUUGGGACUUGGAAAAACUUGAGGUUCGUCCUGAAUACAACACCAUUUCCUGUGAAUUAAGGGUUCUUGCUAAAAUGGUGCGACAAGAAUUUGGAACUGGUGAUGAAAACAUGGAUGUUGAAAUUGAUAACGGUGUUUUGAGCACUAAUCGGAAUCCUUUGUUUGAGAGGGGUAGGUUUUAUGAAGAAUACUCUGCAAGAAGAAAUGAGAGGCUGAAGAGAAAGAAGGGUGAAAUGGAGGGUCAUAAGAAGAAGCCCAUGAAUAAUCUUGGAGUCAGAAUUGAAUCUGCAAAGAAGUUAGACAGCAGGAGAAAAAUGGCGGUGGCUGCCACCCCGAUGAUGGUUCAGAGAGAGGCUGCAACACCGCCGAGGUAUUUGCUGAGGAGCAGUGCUAGAAAGGAGAAUAAGAAGCCUCCUCUGCCGAAGAAUUUUGAGAAUUCUGUUGGUCAAGGUACUAACUUGGCAUCAAAAGAUACACAGAGGACUAAAUUGACUUUCCCCGAUAAUCGUGGGACUUAUGGAAAUGCUAGAUACACGGAGUACAAAAUUGUCUUUGCAUGA